AAAAAAAAGAUUUCAGAGUCUUGCUGUAGUGGUCCCAGCUUUGUAGGAAAAAGGUAUUGGAAAAUUAACACUUAUCUCUUGUGCCCCACAAUUUAAGGCUGAAGAUUAAGAACACAUUGAAAUAUGUUGGAUGCAGAUACAGGGAUCGUAGAAGAAUGGUUAUCAGAAUUCAAGACAGUGCCAGAAGCAUCUAUAGCAAGUUAUGCUAAAAAUUUGAAAGACAAGAUUUCCCUGGUUUCAUCUCUAUAUAAAGUUAUUCAAGAUCUACAAAGUGAGCUGCUGGAACCAGUCUGUCACCAGCUGUUUGAAUUUUAUCGCAGUGGUGAGGAACUUCUGCUGCAGUUCACACUUCAGUUUCUUCCAGAAUUGAUAUGGUGCUAUCUUGCUGUUUCUGCUAGUAAAGAUCUACAAAGCAGUGGUUGCAUAGAAGCACUUCUACUAGGAGUUUACAAUUUGGAAAUAGUUGAUAAACAGGGGAACAGUAGGAUCCUAAGCUUUACAAUUCCAUCUUUAUCUAAACCUUCAGUAUAUCAUGAACCUUCCAGUAUUGGUUCAAUGGCUCUUACAGAGGGUGCUUUAUCUCAACAUGGCUUGUCCAGGGUUGUAUAUAGUGGACCUCAUAUGCAGAGAGAAAUGUUGACAGCACAAAACAGGUUUGAAGUACUGACAUUCCUUUUGCUACGAUACAAUGCUGCCUUAAGCUAUAUGCCUGCAGUUUCUCUUCAGUCUUUAUGUCAGAUCUGUUCCAGAAUCUGUGUUUGUGGGUAUCCUCGCCAGCAAGUAAGAAAAUAUAGAGGCAUAAACAGCAGAAUUCCAGUCUCUUCUGAAUUCAUGGUGCAAAUGUUAACAGGGAUUUAUUAUGCUUUUUAUAAUGGAGAAUGGGAUCUGGCUCGCAAAGCAAUGGAUGAUGUUUUAUACAGAGCACAAUUGGAGUUAUAUCCAGAACCACUAUUGGUAGCUAAUGCAAUAAAAGCUUCAUUGCCUCAAGGUGCCGUGAAAUCUAACAAAGAAGGUACAAAAUGUAUUCAGGUUGAAAUUACUCCUACUGCAUCUAGAAUAUCAAGAAAUGCUGUGACCAGCAUGUCUAUUCGGGGCCAUAGAUGGAAAAGGCAUGGUAACGAAUUAGGAAUUCCAGAAGAAGAAUUAAUAGAAGUAUCUGAAGUUGAUGAAGGAUUUUACUCCAGGGCUACUUCUACUACAAGUCAUUCUACUUCAUCAAAAAGUAACAACAACACCAAUAAUAAAACAAUAAUGGGCAAGAGUCAGCGAAGGCCUGGAGGAAACAAAGUUGGAGGAAAAGAAAAAGAAAUGCCUGCUGAAUCCUACAAAGAGCAUCUAUCUCGCAAACAAAGUCAGAGGGCAAUGAGUGAAAAUCUAGAGCUCCUCUCUCUGAAGAGGCUGACCCUAACCAGCAGCCAAUCCUUGCCCAAAUCAGGGAGUCAUAGCUUGGCUAGAGCUAGCACUACUCUUUUUAGUAAAUCCUUUGAGCAGGUCAGUGGCGGUGUGAUCCCCAGUAAUCACAAUGGCACAGAAACAAAUAGGCUUUCAGUGUGUAGUUUGCAAGAAGGGAAUUUGAUAUUUGAAACUGAAAGAAUAGACCUUCCUGUUUCAAACAAGCAGUCUAAUCAGCAGCGACUACCUACUAUCAGCAUUACUCUCUCAACAGACUAAUAAACACCUAGCUAAUGUUGCAGUAUAAAAGGGAGGCCAUUCAGUGAUGGUACCACAUGUUAGGAUCCCUCAAGCUCUUCUUUAAUCAACAAAAUUGUUUCAAAAGUUACUUUUGCUUUAAAAUAGUUGCCUAAAUUAUGUUGAUGAUUAAAUGUUAAAAUGGAAUAGUAUGGAUCAUCCUGUAAAUAUUUUACAGUAUUGAUGUUUUAAUAUGUGGGACAUUUUAGGAGUUAGUUUGCUCAGCAGAUAAGUUGUAUUGGAAAAUGAUUACAUGAUAGACCUCUAUCAGAUGAAAUCUUUAAUAUCAUUGUGCUAUUUCUGAAUACUGAACUUUAUUCUGAUGAUAAUUGGCUAUGGCCUAGAAUUGGUUUCUCGGUUCCAAACUCACAGCGAGAACCAUUUUUCUUUGGCCCUCCCUGGAAAAGGUUACAGUCUAAGUGGCAGCUGGUAUUUGAAAAACAAUAUUCAGUUCUCCAUACACAAUCUGUACCCAAAUAAAUAAAUGUGCCACUAUUGUGCCACUACUGAACAAUGUGUGUUCAGGCCACUAUUUUCAAAUUGCAACUUAAAUUGCUGCUACAGUAUUCAAGUAGAGUAUAUGUAAAUUUUUCCACCCUGUGUCGUAACCCAGCAAUGAAUAUGUUUCAGAAUAUAGCAUGUACAUAUUAUAUUCCAGAGAAAAGAAUAAUAAUAUUUUUUUACCUUUCCCACCAUACCAGCCCUGGACUGCUAAUAAUUUGUGCUGGCCUAUCUUGAUAUGAUUAACACAGCUGCCAGCUCUAUAUUGGGUGUCACAUUUGUACCAUGACUAAAAUGGGUGUAAUUCAGUGUUUGUAUAGCUUUAAGUGUACAGCUUGUAGUUUUGUUGUAAAACAGUGCUUUGGGCUUAGGGUAUAGGUCUCUGUGUAGGCCUAAAAUCUAGUGCACAAACAGGUCAGAUGGAGGAGGGGAAAGUUACUCAUUUCUCCUUUUCAUCUGCAGAGGGCUACAGUUCUUUUAUAGUGCCGGUGAGUUCAAAAUGAUUAGGGUGAAACUUAUUUUCCAGCCCUGGAGUCUGUAAACCAACCCAAGAAACAAUAGUGGCUUCUAUUUUCUUCUGAAAUUUGAACAGAGAGAUUCCUCUUAAAUAUUUUAGUUUUUUUUUUAAUUGAACAGUAGUGUGGACUAGAAAUCUUUUUUAUUUUACUCCUUCCUUUCAUAAAUAGUUUUUAAGUUGCAUUACAGUUUAGUAGUAAGCUUAACCACUGUAUGGGCAGUAGGUCAUGGUCAUGGCAGAUGUUAAAUAUUUUGGAAGGACAAGAUUUAGUUUUGUCUUCUAAAAAUACAAUCUGGCAUUUCUUUUGCAUAGCCGUGUUGACAAUUCUCCCCAAUUUGUGACCUCCUCCUCCUCCCCUGGUUUCAGCAAUUAUAUACUCUAGAACAACUUCUAGGGGGUUAGUGGAUGUAUAUGAACAGAAAAGAAAUUAGCAUCAGACUCUAAUAUGAACAUAAGUGCUUCCUACGUGUUCAUGGAUCUUUGGAUACAUAGCAUAGCCACCAAGUGCAACAGCAGCGCUGCUUAUUUUUGCUCCUCCCACCCGCUGCUUUUUGCAGUGUUGCUUUUCAACCAAAAUACUUUCUAACAAAGGUUUUAUGCUUCUCUGGCUUUAAGCAAGAAGCAGCUUGAUACACUGCUUUUAUAUUAACUGUACCAUGUAGUUAGAAAUUCUAUUUGUAUUCAAAGAGAAACUUUUCAAAUUUCCAGAGUUCCAAUUUUUUAAUGAAAAGUAAUAGCCUUUUUUGCAAUUGUUUGUAUUAGAAAUUUCUGGAAACACUUUCCAUUUCCUGGAAUAUCUGAAAUUUAAAAUGGAUGGAACUAACUGUAAUCUUAAUUUUAUUUUAUUAAAUCUCUGGGGUACCUAUUAUAACAGUAUUAACAUGCUUUAUCCUUAGUAAAAUAAUUCACACAAUUUUCUACAUAUUUUAUGGUUUACUGGCAUUGUAUUAAAGGUUUAUUUGGUGUAGGUAGAAGAAAUUAGUUUUUGUACAGGAAUAUACAGCCUUUGUAGAUGAAAGCUAUUUUCUCUUACAGUUCAUUUUUAAAAUUUCACAAGAUGGUUCUUAAAAUGUUUACAGUACUAAAGUUUUAGGACUAAAGAAAGCAUUUUUAAUAAAAACAACUUGUUCUUUUUUGUAUAUUCAGAUAAUUUAGAGUUUCCCCGAAUACUGCAACAGAUAAUGGAAUAGCAAAUUUAUAAACUUAAGUUACUUGAGUGUCUCUGAACAAGGAUAUGUGAUAGUUGUCUAUUCUACAUGCUGAUAUACAUAAAUGUGUUUUGUGUAUGCACAGUUAAUUAUUUUUAUGCAUAAUCAAAAGAUGAAGCUAGAGUGAAAAUCCAGAAAAAUAUGCAAUAAUCUCAACAUAUACAAAAUGAAGAGUAGAUUUACCCAGUGUAAUAGUAAUAAAUGAUAAUUUCUUUAAAAGUUAGUUACACUUGCUAAACCAUGAAUCCUUUACACAAUCCUAUCAUUGAAUGGGAAACCAGUUUGACAUACAGUGUACAAUUAUAGUAAAUGUAAUUAUUACCAUUUUAAGAAUAUGAAAAUUGUGCAAAUUUCACUCUAUAAACUAAGAUAGGGAAUACUGCCUUGAGCUUUAACUUUCCUUGAUCAAAAUGCUGUGACAGUCCUAAACCUGGAAAAACUGUCUGGUGGUAAAUUUCAGGAGCAGAAGUCUCCAGUAAUGGCAGCUUCUAUUCUGGAAGUGGAUUGUAUUAUUCAUACAUUGUUACAUUUGAAAUCUACAUAGACUUCAGUGUUUAAAUUCUAGUUGUAUAACAUCAGCCGUGGAAUAGAAUAUCAUUUUGACUUUGAUAGCUAGUUGUGCUUGAUUAAUAAUUAUUUAUAAAUAUAAAAAUCUGGAUGUUUGGGUAAUUGGAAACCUGGCUUCAAAAAGCUUUGAAAAUUGCUGAAGGCCAUAAUUGGUGAACAUUUCAAAUUGUCUUAAAAGUUGUUACAUUUUGAAUAUUUUUUAUAACUUAAGAGCAACAUUUUAUUUAUUAUAUACA